AUGGACCGCAGUGUCUCCGGCAGAGUCGGCGCAACUCCCCCGCAAAACGACGUCCCGCAUCAGCCGUUGCCAGACGACGCACUGCUGCGCGACACACUGGAGUUCCCAGAGAUAAGCGAGAACGAACUCGUGCGCUACUUCUCGCAGAUCAGCCAGCUCAACUUCUCCAUUGACCACAACUUCUAUCCGCUCGGCAGUUGCACGAUGAAGUACAACCCUAAGAUCAACGAUGAAGUCGCGUCGAUCCCGGCCUUUGCCGACAUUCAUCCGCUGCAGCCGACGCACGGUUUCAGGGCGCUCUCAGACUGA